CGACCGCGAGCGCAACCACGUUUGACUCAGCCGACGGCGACCGGCCGCGUGUCGUCGUCGAGCUCGUGCCCAUCCAUCCACGUGUUCCUCCUCCUCCUCCUCCACCUUCCUCGCGCCUCGGCGGCGAGAGGCUAUAAAUAACCCGCCCCGUCGUCCCGGCCGCCGCUCCGCCUCUCGUGUUCUUCCCAUUUUUCACCUGCCUUAAUUCGUCGUAACCGUAGCAGCGGCAGUAGUAGUCAUCGUCCUCCAUUCUCGCCGGAAUCCAGAGCGGAGCUGAAGAAAUCGUUGGGAGGAACAGGAGGUGGUGGUUGACCGCAGCAAUGCCUUACUGCGAGGUGGACCGGUACCAGAACGGCGACAAGUGGGAGGGCGUCCGCCUCUUCUACCGCCGGUACGGCCGCGGCGUCACCAAGGUGCUCCUCGUCAUCGGAUUGGCGGGGACGCACGACUCUUGGGGCCCGCAGAUCAAGGGGCUGACCGGCUCGCUGGAGCCGGCCGACGACGAGCCCGAGGCCCAGCGGUCGGACGAGGAGUCCGGCGACGCCUCCGCCGCGGCGGCGGAGGAGGGCGGCGACGGCGAUGGCAUCGAGGUCUGCUGCUUCGACAACCGCGGCGUCGGCCGGAGCUCCAUUCCGCCGCAUAAAUCUUACUACUCGACGGCGAUCAUGGCGAGGGACGCUCUGGCCCUGAUGGACCAUCUGGGAUGGAAGAAAGCCCAUGUCUUUGGCCACUCCAUGGGUGCGAUGAUAUCUUGCAAGCUGGCGGCCAUGGCGCCUCACAGGCUGUGCUCGCUGGCGUUGCUUAAUGUCACAGGAGGGGGCUUCCAGUGCUUCCCAAAGUUAGAUGGGCAGAUGCUCUCUCUUGCAUUCCGUUUCUUAAGGGCAAAAACUCCAGAAGAAAGAGCUCUUGUAGAUUUGGAAACCCACUAUACAAAGGAAUAUCUUGAUGAGAAAGUUGAAUCAUGCACAAGGAGAACAAUCCUCUACCAACAAUAUGUGAAGGGCAUAUCAUCGACAGGCAUGCAGUCUAACUGUGGGUUUGAAGGGCAAGUUAAUGCAUGCUGGACUCACAAAAUGACAACUAAAGAACUAGAUACAAUUCGGUCUGCUGGUUUUCUAGUUUCGGUUAUUCAUGGGAGGUCUGACAUUAUUGCGCAAUUAUGUCAUGCAAGACGACUUGCAGAAAGGCUUAUUCCUGUUGCUAGAAUGGUCGAACUUCAUGGUGCACAUCUAGUAAGCCAUGAAAGACCAGAGGAGGUCAAUAAUGCACUAAUGGAAUUAGUAAAGGCCACUAAAUCUAUGAUAAAACCUGAGGAAUGGUCAUCCCAGCCAGAGAACUCAUCAGAAACCGGGGCACUUAUUUCUGCAAGACCUGUUUCCGUCACAAUACGAACAGAUGACGGGGGAAACGCCGCUGUAGCAGUCUAUAACUUACUUGGCAAGCUGCAACUAAGCUUUCUUUAUGUCAUAGGAGUGAUACUGAUGGGGUUUGAGCAUAUGAGGAACAUUGUAAAAGUAAUGAAGCCAGUGAGGGUCGCAGCAAUCGAGUCAUGAG